CGCAAGGUCUCUAAUAUCCACCAGCUCCGUCAUGUCAUCAUGGAGGAGUUGAAGAGGACUGUCUGAAUGUUUGACUCAUGACGUCCUUAUAAUACAGCAUUACUUUCAUCUAGAAAACCCUUCAGUAUAGAACAUGGUGCUAGACAGAGUUGAGAUUAAUUACAUUGCAACACCUUAAUUGUGCCCAAAAACCCAAAUCACAAGCUUAUUGACAAUGACAAAUCCCUUCAACCAGUCCCUUGUACACAGAGGGACACCUCACCUCUACAGGAGGACAGAGCUUCUUUGAGGAAGGGGUCUAAGAAGACCACUUGAAAGUAAGACCAAGGGAUUUUCAGACUAAUCCCUGAGCACCUUCCCUCCCCCUCACUGUACCCCCUACAGUACCAGAUCAUACUGGUCUCCCCGGACCCCUCCUGCCUCAACCGGCUCCCUGCUCCCACGUCCUCCUCUCGGAGUCCCUGCCUGGUUCCACUUUCUCCCUGAGUGUCAACGUUUAGCAUGACAAUUCCCUCCCAAGUCCAGGCCACGGGACAAUGCCUGUAGCUAAGGUUUGAUGUCCUUUAAGCCUUUUGACGGGCUCCUGCGGCACCCAAGGUCCCCUCUCCCAGUCAUUGUAUUAGGUGAAGCUAGAGCCCUGCUGCCCUGGUAAAAUCUGCUGUGUGUUAGAAGGUGUAUAGGUGGAUGGUGAGGGGGUUGCCUUCCCAUCUGGUAAGGCAGUGUUGAGUGGAGAUUUAGAAAUGGAACACAACAUGGUUCAAAUUCACAAUCCAACCAUCUCACCAGCAUGCACAGCCACUCACACAGAGACUGUAUCUAAUGUCACAUCAACGACCCAACCCCUUGAGUUACUUUCUAGACGUGAGUGAAACCGUGGAGUGUUUGUUUCAAGGUAGGGGGUGGGUGUGUUGGGCGGAAUCAAAGGGCAGCGACUUAUUGUUCGUGUCUGAAAAGGAGCUAAUGGUCGGCAAUCGCUACUCGGGGUCUGAAAGCCGCGGGGUGCCCCCGGGCCAACUCGCACAAUGACACCCCCACUCCUUCCCGCGGCGCGUCUUCCUGCCUCAAUCUGUACCCAACGACUCGCUCUGGGGGUGCGCAUCUGUAUCGAUGCUACAGCCAUCCACUGUUUUCAAUACACCCAUCACCGCUACAGUUUAGAGUCACCUGUAAGCUUUUAGUUGUAUUGUGAUUUUCCCUUUCGUUGCCUUGAUUUUUUUGUGGGCAAAAAUAUGCUACUGCGUGUAUACUGUCUGUGACUUUGCCCCAUGGCAAAUUUAAACCAGGAUGUGCAUCAAUCGUUAAGAAAUAUUGUAGGCUUUAAAUGUCGUAAGACUUUCUUAUUUGUGUGCUUACUGACAAUUCUCACACGUAUUUCGGAAACACAAGUCAUUCUCAGUUUACUUUGGUGUCCACUCACAGUUACAGUGCCGUGUUCCUCCGUGUUCCUCGGCAAAGAUUAUCGUCCAUAGCGAACAAUUUCAUAUUAUAUGUAAAAUGAUGAACAUUUUCAAUCCUAAGAAAACAUUUGCAAGUGUUUGUCAAACAAUAUAUUUUAAUAUGUUUUGUAAUUUAGAUCCUGUAUAUAAGUGUAUUUGAACAAAAUAUAUUAAUAGAAAGUGAUUAAGCAUUAUCAUUAAACUUGAUCCCAAAGGUUGCCUAAAUGUUUUCAAUGAUGGAUAGUCGUGAUCUUUAAUUCAGUCCUAUCUUUAACGUUUCAACUUUUAUCCCAAAUCAUGGCAGAUUUUAAUAUCAAGGAAAGAUCGUUAAGGUAUAUGAUUUUAGGCCUAAACUGAGUCCACAUCUUACAUGCAUAUUAGAUACUUUGGAUACCCUACUGAAUAUUUAUUUACUACUUAGUAAUGUAAAUAUUCUAAGUGGGUCAACAGUGAAUUCGUGAAUUAGAUUUUUGCUAGAUGAUUACCUUUAAUUGCUUACAUGGGGGUUGCAUAGGCUUACCUGUACUUGAAUUAUUUUAAUUCUGUAUAUAAGGAAGAAAACCCUAUAUAUAGUAGGCUUUUCUGUCUGUGAAGUUUCCAACGGAAAACACGCCCACUAUCUCACGUGUUAGCUCACGGUCACUGAAAAAAAAAUCAAGUUCAUUCACAAAUUCACUAUCAGCUGUGCGUGAUUGUCUCUCGCAGCCAAUGGGAGCCAAGGCAAUUAACAUUCCAGCCUCCAACUCAGGUUGAUUAAAAAAAACCAGUGGAGCUGGGUUGAUGUGAGACCGGUAUUUGAGCUUGAAGUCGAAGUAGGUGGUGGAUUCCAGACUUGAUGAAUGACUGUUGAUGGUAUCUCGCAUACAGGCGCCAACAGCUUGGGUUUCUGAACAGAUCUGUUUUGAGACAGCGUGACGAGGAACCUUCGGAGUAUAUUUUUUCUGCCUUCAAAAUUUGCUUGAAGGGGGUCAGGCCUUCACUUACGUUUGGACAUUUUCUUACCACCCGCAAUUGUUCGAGGCAGCACUCUCAAACGAUUUUCUAUCGUGCGUAAUGGGUAUAUAACAGGUCUAAACUGCAAGUGUCACUGACUCGCGAAGUGCCUGACUCGGGUUGUCUGAUACAAUUAGACCAAGAAGAAUGUCGGAGCGAUCCCAGAGCCCUAUUUCAGAGUGCAACAGCCGGCCUGAUGACUUCAGCCGGGCCAUGUACGCCCAGGCCUUGAGUCAAGAAGGGUUUGGAGGAACGUCGCUUCAGAUCCCGCACGGCGUUCUCCAACACCAUAGUCUUCUUUUUAACAAGGCUGCAUACAACGGGAUGCCACCGACAACACCUCAAAGCUUUUUCCCAUUCCCCCCAGUCGGUGGUGACUAUAGGGCCUCCGACUUGCAAGCCGGUGAGUUUUGCCAACCCAAACAUUGGUAUCCCAUUGCUUCCGAGUACACUGGCCAAGUUCCUGCACUCGCAGCGGCUACCCAGCCCACAAACCUUAGCCCACCUAUGGCAGAAACCAGGGAGCAAAUCAAGAUGCCAGAGAUAAAGAUUGAGAAGGAUGUCAAUGAUGAAUAUGACGUGAAGAGUAUCCAACAGUAUCCGAAUCCGACAUCAUCAUCGGUGGCUCACGGAGUUUACUACUCGACACCGUGGAACCCAUCAUUUUGGCCCGGCCUUACCCACAUCACGGCCUCGAGUAGCAAUCCUCAACCCGUUAACUCUAUAACCUCAACAUCGUCCUCAACUUCUCCAUCACUCUCGCCAUCUCCCCCUAGUAAUGGGUUACCAGGAGUCACGUUUUUCAACAGCGGAGGCUCAAGCCAAGGCGUCCAAGCGCUCCAGGCGCAAACCACUACCCGAAGCAGUGGAUCAUCUAGCGGAGGUUGUAGCGACUCGGAGGAAGAGGAGAAUCUCUCAACCGAGGAGCUGGAACAAUUCGCCAAGGAACUGAAGCACAAGCGUAUAACCCUGGGUUUCACCCAAGCCGAUGUCGGUCUGGCCCUAGGAAACCUUUAUGGCAAGAUGUUCAGCCAGACGACAAUCUGCCGAUUUGAAGCGCUACAGCUUAGCUUCAAGAACAUGUGCAAGCUGAAGCCCUUGCUUCGGAGAUGGCUGAAUGAAGCAGAGACGUCUGACAACCCGCAGGAUAUGUACAAGAUUGAGCGUGUGUUUGUGGACACCAGGAAGAGGAAGAGGCGCACCAGUCUGGAGGGCUCGGUACGCACUGCCCUGGAGUCCUACUUUGUCAAGUGCCCCAAGCCCAAUACACAGGAGAUCACACACAUCGCUGAUGAUCUGUGUCUGGAAAGAGAUGUGGUUCGCGUGUGGUUCUGUAACCGCAGACAGAAAGGCAAGCGCCUGGCCCUCCCGUUCGAUGAAUGUGAAGGACAGUACUAUGAGCAGAGCCCCCCUCCCCCCCACAUGGUCCACUCCUCUCUACCUGGGCAGGCGUACCCGCCCUCCAGCCACCCCGGGGGCCCUACCUUCUACAUGCCCCCCCUCCAGAGGCCAGAUGUGUUUAAGCAGUCCCUGCACCCUGGACUGGUAGGUCACCUGACCAGCUAAACGCGUCCCAGUUGUCCAAUCAGCCCUGGCCGUGUGGCCGCCUCGUUCCCCACCCAGCAUGGCUACCUCUUUCUCACCAGUCCGGAAGUCCCAGCCGGCUCAAGCUUUUGUCUGCCGUGUCCUCUUCUACCUUUCCACCGCUGUCCCUCUGGAUCACUGGGCUGGACAAGUGAAGUGAGGGGGUGCACGUAACAGUUAUGUAAAGGAUUGGAUCGAUGCUGCGACUUCCUGGUUUCUUUGUAAGACCAGGAAUUUUGACCGGCUGCCUUUCUGUCUGCCCCACAUUGCUCUGUGUUGAGUUAAUCAGUUUGGGACCAUGUCUCCCACCUAGUUCAGCUGCAAGUCAUCUGCACAGCCCUGCAUUUGGUGCUCCACAUCAUGACUUCACAUGUUUUGGGGGAUCAGGAGGGGCAGCACAUUGGGUCUGAGUUGAUGCUUUUGCACAUAGUUGUGGAUUUAAGUCUAAACUGUGAUAUUUUUUUAAAUUAGAUUUAUUUCUUUUUAAUAUCCUUGUAUAACCUUUACAGUUCUUCCAGCCUUUGGCUAUAUUUCAGUUGUCUCUACAGUAAUAUUUGAAUCUUACAAUGGAAUACACAAAGCGGAACAUCAUAUUUCAGCUGUCUAAAACAUUUCCCCAAAUUUCUUGUUGGCAUUGCCCACAUUGACAAAUGGUUUAGGGGAUUUCAGUAAUGGAGGAAAGGGGACAGCAUGAAGGUUGUGUGUGGGGCACUGACUACUGCUCCUCAAGCAGUCUUUCACAUUGAUUCCAAUUAACCAGUGUUGAUAACAUGAUCAUGUUUGUCAUUGUUACUUAGCUGUUUGCCUCACUAAUCCUGUAAUAGAUUUUGUUUUUGAUCAAGAUAUUCUUAAAUGGCUCAUGUGCAGUCAAUUGUGUGCCUUAUUGUGUACUUGAAGUCAUUUCCUCUUGUAUGUCUAUUGCAACAUUAGUGUUAACCUCACUAAUCCUGUAAUAGACUUGUUUUGAUCAAGCUGUUCUUAAAUGGCUGUCAUGUGCAGUUAAUUGUGCCUUAUUGUGUACUUGAAGUCAUUUCCUCUUGUAUGUGACUGUCUUGACAUGUUUUUACACUAUCCCAUGUUUAUAAGUGAACUAGUAUUUGAUAAUUUAUUGAGACGCUGAGUAUUUCUCCAGGUCAACCUAAAGAUGUUACUUGUACCUUUUGCACCCAGGAAUUAAAUCAAAUUCUUUAUUUUCCAUUUCCAAGCUGCUGUCAUAAUUCUUCCAACAUGACCCUAUAUUGUUGCUGUUCUUACAGUCAAGGUUAUGUUGAUGCCUGCAGAAAAUCUUUAAUCUACACAUGGUGUUUAGGGAAGUCUGUAUUUCUGCCUUUUUGAAAAAGGUGUGCAGUAAAUAUGCUUUUGUAUUUAAAACUGUAGUCUGAUUUAAUGGCUAUUUAAACAACCAUGCUUUCAGCAAAUCUUGA